AUUCCCCGGCGUUCUUGUUUUGAUUUUGUUUUUAGUCGUUUAUUUUGAUUUCUUGAGAGGAUGCACCCCCCGCCAUGCUGUACACUCUAGUCCUGGUAGUGGAGUUUGUGGACGAGUUCCUGCUGCGUCCGCUGGCCAUCCUGAUCGAUGCGGUGGUUACCGGCGUGUACUACUUCCUGUGGGGCAGCUACUUCGUCGGCUACUGUUUGGUGGAGGGCAGCACCCGGGCAUGGAAUCUGGUGAGAUGGGCGGCCAGCGAGAUCCAUAGGGUCUACUGCGACCUGUGCCUCAUUACGCUGGAUGUGACGGACUACUUCUACGGCGGCACAAAGGGUGGCCUGAAAAAUGCCCGGGAUUUUAGCCAAGCCUUGGCCAUGUUCUUUUGCAAUUUGCUUAUCGAACUGGGGAAUGGCACCUUGUGGGUGUUAAUGCUACUCCCAAGGUUCAUACUCUUUAUCAUGGACUACCUCCUGGACUUUUUGGUGCACUCCAUUGUGGCCCGUGGCCUGAGCCUGCUGAACAGUGUUUUCCGGCUGUCGAUCGGAUUGUCCCUGCUGCUGAUUCUUUAUAUGUUCCGACGUUAUGUGUACCUGCUGCUCAUCUACCUGCUCCAACGGGCCCGCAUCGAGAUCUCAACAAAGACGCAAAGCGUCUACCUCUGGACUGAUCAGCAGUUGAAGCGUGUUAUGCAGAACCUAAGGAAUGAACCGGACAACGCCGGAUCUCCGAAUCGCGGAGGCUGUGUGGUCUGCAUGGAGCGUAGCAGGAACAUCGUGAUCAUGCCCUGCCGCCACCUCUGCCUCUGCAAGGAGUGUUCGCAGCAGCUGCUUCUCCACUUAGAGAAUCGCUGCCCAGUGUGCCGGAACGACAUCAUGUCCUUUCUACCAGUCUACAUUUGAUACUGCCUAUUUUUGUAAAUUGUCUAAAACCUAGCAUAAAUGUAUAUAAGACUGCCAAUUGGAAUUUAGCUUUUAAGUACUUAAUAUCUGAUUAAAAAAUUAACCAAAUGCAAUUGGUUAAAGACAAUCUUUAAUAAUAAUAAUAAAAAUAAUAUCUUUGGUUGGACAUCAAAUACAGCAAUCAUGUUUAUAAUUACAAAAUAUAUUAACUAACAUCCUAAAAUACAAAUUUUUAUUAACACAAAGGCUUAUCUUAAGACACCAUUAACCACCAAAAAAGACAACAUAUUUAAACCCAGCUUCCAUUUCCCAAAAAAUAUCCAAUACUAAAUUGUUUUAUGUAUUUAUUUCAAACCAAUGAAAAUAUACGAUUUGUUUUGUAUA